AUAUAUAUAUAGAACCCAUCUUUACACGCUCACUCCCCCCUCAGUAGUCUCUACUCUCUACACACCGCGACCGGAGGAUCCACCCGAGCGUUGAGCAAAGAUGGAGCAGACUUUCAUCAUGAUCAAGCCUGAUGGCGUCCAGAGAGGCCUGGUUGGUGAAAUCAUUAGCAGAUUUGAGAAGAAGGGUUUCACUUUGGCAGGUUUGAAGUUUAUUACUGUGGAUCGUCCUUUUGCCGAGAAGCACUAUGAGGAUCUUUCUGCAAAGCCCUUUUUCAAUGGGCUUGUUGAAUAUAUCAUCUCAGGACCUGUUGUUGCUAUGGUCUGGCAGGGUAAGAAUGUUGUUACAACUGGCCGCAAAAUAAUUGGAGCCACAAAUCCAGCAGAAUCAGCCCCAGGAACAAUCCGUGGAGACUUUGCAAUUGAGAUUGGCAGGAAUGUCAUUCAUGGAAGUGAUGCAGUUGAGAGUGCAAGGAAGGAAAUUGCAUUGUGGUUCCCUGACGGCCCUGUCAGCUGGAGAAGCAGCCUUAACCCAUGGAUCUAUGAGUAAACUCAUCAUGGGUUGAAGCGACAGUUGCUGCCUAUUCUAUUUAUGUUUAAUCUCGUGUUUCGGAUGUUAAGACUUAUUUUUGAAGUUUUGAAUUUGAAAGUAAGUGCUGUGACAGCAUGGCUUGCCUAUUAUAUCAAUUGUUGUUAUUCGGAUUGGGUAACUUUGAAAUUAGGGUAAAGUCAAUAAACAUGACCGUUAGACAACGGUGGCACAAGUCUCACAUUUGAUCGAGGUAAGCUUUGUUUA